AACUACCGGCGAAAUAAUUGUCACCAGUGUAGUCUUGAAGAGUCACCGAGUCAUCGCGAAACUAGUCAGCGAGCGAUUCAGAUCUUGUGGCAGAUUACCUUACGAGACGUCGUCAAAACUCAUGGAGCUGCUUCAAGCACAUGGAAUUGAAAAUUUUCACAUUUCGGAGAAGAACAUGUCCGGGUUUGAUGAUGACGAAGACAGCGGUUUAAGCUCAUCUCCUUCCUCUCCCGGUGUAGCGGACAAUGAAAGUGAUCCACAAUUGUUUGGAUUUGAAAAUGAAUUGAGUUCGAAUCUUGUGGAUACCCUCAACACGUGCCUCUUUGACGGCGAAUUUCCCAGUAAACUGUAUACUCACAUAAAGAUCAAAGAAGACGGCGACGAUGAGCCCUGGCAAAGCGUUGCCUUUCCGGGUCAGCUUAGACACGAUGUAGCUUCGCAAUCACUCGGUAAUUUAUCCAGUUUAUCGAGUGAUUUCUUUGGGGAACCUUUCAAAUUAUUGGACGAUUUAUUUGAGCCUUCAACUAGUGGAAAAGUCGACUAUGAACGGUCAGGAAAACUGCCGUAUCUCACUGAGGAUAGUUUGAAGGAACCAUGCCCUGAUUACUCGUCGAAUGAUACUACUGACACUAUUACGAACAUUGUCGAAGAGCCAGCGAUCGAAGUCGUUUGUUCUUCGGAAGAUGUUCGACGGAACUCACUUAAGCGCAAACUCAGAACUCGCAACAAAAUCAGUGUUAUCACUGAUCACAACUACGUGAAACCGUUGGAUAUAGCUGCUGAGGCUAACAGUGAGUUCGGUGAUGAUGAUAAGCUUACAGUGUCUGAAGAUACAGAAGCGGAAGAAGAAGAAGAUGAUGACGACGAGGAUUUUCAGCCAACUUGUUCAGCAAAGAAAUCACGCCGCGCCUCUCCAAACCCUAGCACGGGUAGAGACGAAAAGUACUGGGAACGAAGGAAAAGGAAUAAUUUGGCGGCAAAACGGUCACGCGAAGCUAAACGAGCCCGCGAAAUUGCGGUCGCCAAAAAGACUUCAACCCUAGAAAAAGAGAACAAUACUUUGAGAAGGCAGGUUCAGAGACUGAAAGCGGCAAUCUCUAAAGCUGAGAAAAAACUGCGCGCUAUGGUGUAACAAUGUUAGUCACUUUUAGAAGGAUAUCUGAGUAUAUUUUCUCCCAAUUUGCUCGUUACGUUGCGUUUUAUUAAAAGGAAAUUUCGUUCCAUAUCAGUUCAAUAUUCAUUCUUUCAGGAUGUAAAGAUCAGUUAUUCUCAGCGCUAUAGUUUAUGUAUUCAUCAUGAAAAAUUCAUUCUUAAUGCGUCAAGGAACGCCUGUCGUCUGUGAAACACUUGGUGUAGUAUUCAUGGUUAAAUGUAUCCUUCAAUCCUGUGUAAAUAUAU